AGAGAAAUCACACACUCAGAUGGAAAAUAUCUCCGAUCCACCAAAAACCUCUGAUAUCUGCGCGCUGAUCACAGGAGCCAACAAAGGGAUUGGCUUCUCAAUUGCUCGUCAGCUUGCUCAAAAGGGCAUCACCGUGAUCCUAACCGCAAGAAGUGAGAAGCUUGGGGUAAACGCAGUUGAAGUUCUUCAACAAGAGCUUGGAGUUUCAAAUAUCACCUUCCAUCAACUUGAUGUUCAAGAUCCCCUCAGCGUUGCCAGAUUAGCGCAGUUCGUCAAAGAAUGUUUUCAGAGGCUCGAUAUCUUGGUGAACAAUGCGGGUGCUUUAGGCGCUUCGGUUGAUGAGGAACGACUGAAAGCCCUUAAUAUCUCCUCUGAGAUGUGGAUCUCUGGCAAGGCCGCGAGCCUAAUUCCAGGAGUGCUUCAGCAGACGUACGACGAUGCGGUGACGUGCGUCGAUACAAAUUAUUAUGGGUGCAAGAGAGUCACAGAAGCUCUCCUUCCUCUUCUUCAGAGCUCUAAUUUGGGUGCGAGGAUUGUCAAUCUCACCUCUGAGAGGUCUUUGCUGAAGGCAAUCCCAGGUGAAAGCAUCAGACAAGAACUCGGGGACAUCGACAACCUGGACGAAGCAAAAAUAGACCAGCUCCUGCAGAAAUUUAUGCAGGACUUCAAAGAAGAGAGGCUAAAAUCCCAAGGGUGGACGACGCUUGUGCCAGCGUACAACGUAUCGAAGGCGGCGCUCAAUGCGUACACAAGGGUUUUGGCGAGAAGACAUGCGAAGAUAUACAUAAACUGUGUUCAUCCAGGCUAUGUGAAGACUGAUAUCAAUUGGAAUUCUGGGGUUGUAAGCCCUGAAGAGGGAGCCAGAGGUCCUGUGAUGUUGGCCUUGAUGCCUGAUGGAGGUCCCUCAGGAUGCUACUUUGAGCAGACUAAUAUGGUAGGGUUUUAAUGGAGCUUGAAAGACUUAACUAUUGAUCAGGGAUUUUAUAUGUUUAGUACUUAGAGAAGCUUCAGAGGUUUGUUUUCUUUUUUUUUCAUUUAGGGAGGUACGUUAUGUUUGGAUCUUUGUUGUUUGUGGAGUUAAUUUAUCUGGUUAGUAUUUAUUCGUCUAAAUACUCGGCCAUA